AUGUCGCAAGAUUCCCGCCGUCUGCGAAGCGAAUACCUGAAGAACGGAUGUAAGGAGUGUAAGCGCCGCAAAAUCAAGUGUGACGAGUUUCGCUCGCCCCCGGCCGAAGCCGUCCGCGUCAUCAAUGCCCAAGGUCGAGAUCUGUGCUGGCAAUGUACUCGACUUAAGAAGGAAUGUGAGUACCCGCUCAAGGGCGAGAAAGUGGCGCGUGUACUGUUGAAGGUGCUCAAGGAGGAGCGUGAGCGUGAGCGUGAUGAGAAGCGUCGUCGAGAUGCUCUGCGGCGCUCCCUUCUGAAUCCUGACAUGUACGGUGUCCACAUGUCUGCGCCUCUAGUGGCUGCUCAGGGAACUGUUCAUUCGGAUUCCUCGGUUUCCACGCUUGCCACGGUUCUGUCAAGACAUCGUGGACAUUCCGCACUUCCCGCACAUACUGGUGUGUCUGGCCAGGCAGUAGUUGGCCAUUCUUCUGUUUCAAGCCUCACCAACCAUUCUGGCCCUUCUAAUGGCCCCAUUACUGGCCAUUCAAGUAGCCUAUCAACGGUUCCUACCAAUGGUCCUGGUCACUUUAGUGGUCCAGUUCUCUCUAAUAGCGGUUCCGCGCUUUCGACUGGCUAUUUAGCUCAUUCCACUGGCCAAUCGGUUCACUCCGCCCCUUCCAGCGCUUCGGCUACGACACCAGUCACAUCCGCCCCCUCGGGAGUCUCUCCUCUAGGUGUUUCUCCGGGUUUGGGCGUCUCUCCAGCUAUGUCUCCUGGAAUAUCUGGUCCAUACCUACCCUACACAGAAAACGGCCCAAGUACGGUGGAAUACCUGCCACACCCUCUGUAUGGCCAAUUCCAACAACAGCCUCGCUACAUCAGUGCUCUCCCCUCGUCUGGACAUGUUUCGUCUCUAAACAUUCCGCCUGACCCACAUUUUUACGACCAUGCUGACCUCACUGGCUUAGCUACCGACUUGAACAACUUGGUUUCAGACAUGAUGUAUGAGGCCAACCCUGACUCCAAAGUUCUCAAAUCGGAUACAAACCUCACUCCUUUGACACCUAAAUCCGAAGAAACUUCAUCCUCGGUGGAUUCUUCUAAGGCUCGCAUCUCACAGAAUGAUUGGAUACCGAGAAACGUUGGUCUCGGCUAUUUAGAUGUGCGCCGCCCGGAGGAAAGACAAUUCUUGCAAGAGUUCUACCUGGAGUUUGCCAAUAUCAUUCUACCCUUUAAUGCCUACGACCGGCCCCUGCAAGCCUAUUUUAAUCCUGUCAGAGACAUAUUGCUCAAGUGCGCGUCCAAAGAACCAUUUUUGCUUGCUGCCAUCAUGGCUCAAGGAGCUCGCUCGUCUUUGGCCAAGUCUUCUAACGCAGAUGAGGAGGAGGCUUACUACCAAUAUCUUCUGCGGUGCUUGAAGUUGUUGGGCCCUGCGCUUGGACACGCCAGUAGCAAAAAUGGGUUAGCAUUGACUUCAAACAUAGAAGCGGUGCUCUUGACAGUUUUGUUGCUCACGUCAUCGAACGCAGCGAAUGCUAAGCAAAAUUGGCGCCCCCACCUCAAAGGUGCAAAAGACUUGCUUUUGAAGCACACAACAAACAGGUCAAAUGUUCGAAAUUCCAAAGUGUUGAUCUUUUGCAAGUAUUGGUUCAUGUCGUUUGAGAUAUUGGCGGGCCUUGGACUGACUCGUGGAGGUACAAUCCAUCUGGAGGCAGAACUUGAUUUACUCUUGAACUUGCAAGAUCAGUUCGAACUACAGACUUUAAUUGACCUCGGUAUUGUGCUUCCAAACGGCUUUAAUCUUAUUGUGGGUUUUCAUUGUGAGCUCAUUCAUCCAUUACGUGAUUUGGUUAAGUUAUUGAAUAAGGUCAGACAGAACAAAUUCUACGUUCGCCUGGAGACCUCAGAGUAUGUUCGACUUUUGGCAGAGUUCCAUCGUCAGCUCAAUGUCACUUUCAUAAACAAGAAGGCUAUUUUCGAUAUUAACGAAUUGCCCGAGAAAGUCAUUCCUGAUGGACACCUACUAGAAGCUGUCACUGUUGAUUCUAAGCCCUUUGUCAUUAGUUGGAUGGAUACCUCUCAGCAGCUCUAUUGUCUCGCUGCAACGUUGACUCUAUUAACAGAAUUUCUCCAGUUACCAUACAGCUCACCACAAGUGCAAGAGCUCACUUAUCGAAUGACGAUGCUUCUUUCAUGCAUUAUUCCUCGAGUCAAUUCACCACUGUUCAUCAAGUAUUCGACGUUGAUGAUUCAGUGGCCCCUGUUGGUAGCAGGGCUUAAUUGCGUACGUGACUCUGACCAAUAUUUGGUAACGGAGUUUUUCAAUUCAACAACCAAAUUGGGAGCUGGAAGUGCCGGCCACUCUAUGAACCAACUUAGAAGGGUUUGGCGUAAGCACCACAGUGGUAGCAUGGAUGAUUCAGGAGACGAGUCGCCCGUGGAUGUUGUGAAUUACUAG